AUGCCUGUUAUCAGGUCUAUCCAUGCAAAUUUAAACGUGUUGUUGGCUCACAAGGACAGCAGGUCGAUUGACAUUGCAUUGGAUACAAUUGACUUGGCAAAAAUCUACGAAAAUGUCGAUAAACUAGAGCAAGAGAAUAAAGAUCCAAAUCUCGGAUAUGAUGACUUGGUUGUUAAAGAGUUGUUGAGAUACUUCAAACACGAUUUUUUCAAAUGGAUUAAUUCACCUGAUUGUCCAUGUGGGUCAGACAAAGUAAUAAGCAAAGGAGCUUCACGAUUUCCCCUGAAUACAAGUAAUCCACACAAGAUCUCCAUUGUUGAAGUGUACCAGUGCGAAAAGUGUAAGCAAAGAGUUGAGUUCCCCAGAGUCAAUAACCCGCUAUCUUUGCUAGCAUUUAGGAAAGGUCGUUGUGGCGAAUGGGUUAAUGCAUUCUUACUCCUUUUGGAGGCGUUGAUUGGAGAAGGAAAGGAUAGAACUAGAUAUGUCAUGAAUCAUGAAGACCACGUAUGGUGUGAGUAUUUUUCAUAUAAUCUCAAGAGAUGGGUUCACUUGGACCCAUGUGAAGCGGUCUUUGAUGAACCUUUGUUAUAUUGCAAUAACUGGGGUAAACAAAUGUCAUAUGUAAUUGGAUUCAACGCAAACUCGGUUGUUGAUUUGAGUGGAAAAUAUAUUACAAAAGAGAAACAAAUUCCACAGCUGAGUAUAGUUGACCCAAACCUAGUUGCCAAGACCAUUCGGUGGAUAAAUGGGCAAAAAUUACAGCAAUUGUACAAUCUGUAUCGUAUGAUGCAAAACAAAACUGAAGACCAGCUGUUGAUUCAACUAUACAAUGAUGCCAUUGUACCGAGGAAUCAUGAACUUUUAAAUGAAACUGAAACAUUCAAACCAACAACCUCACAUUCAGAAAUUCCACAAGGUAGACAAACUGGGUCUAGUGAAUGGACCAAAGCACGUGGGGAAAGUGGUUAG